GGGGGGGGGGGGGACACAGCGAAGAGAGGCAGUGUGGUUGGUGGUGGUGGUGGUUAGUAGUGCUGCCCAUGGUGGAUUGCAAAUACUACCUCGGUCAAGUUUGCUGAGCCAAGGGCCCGCACGCCCGCACGCCCGCCUUUAUAUCCCUUGAACACUGGGGGGAGUUUGGGUUUGGAAGAACGACGAAGAGGGGGUAGCAGGCGACUGUGGUGGUGGUGGUGGGGAGGAGGAGGAGGAGUGGAGGAUAAAGGGGGAGUGAAAUAAGAGAGAGAGAGAAAAAAAGCCACCCGAGCUGACACUCGGCGCGGCGCAGCGUGGGCGCACAGAGCACGCGAGAGCGGUGAACGACGGAGGCGGGCCACGAAGACGGACAGCGCGCAUCCACGUCCCGUAGCGUUUCAAGUCGGCGCUGUGUUCCUACGCCGGGGUGGGGGGGGGGCUUUUUAGCUAUCGACUGGCGGGCGGAGAAGCUUCUUUGUGCUCCUACCAAAGACAGGUUUCUUCACAUCACCAGCUGUAUACAGUGCAAUCGGGAGAGGAGGGGGGGUGGGAGAGACUGUGUGCGUGUAUCUGUCGGAUAACCUACAACAGCGCACGGCAGCCGUAGCCCCAAAGAGACGAGCGGGGGAACCCUUUUACUCUUAAUUUGCUACGAAGCUCUCGCAAAGCAAGCGGCAAGCGAGCCCCCGUCCACCACUCCGACUGCGCGGGCACAACAGGGGCGGAUCUCGCGCCACUUCAAUUCGCCCAGGUCGCGGUUUUAAAAAAAAAAUCAUUGCGGGGUUCCAAAUGAUGGACGAGCAAGGUCGACUCUUGCAGAGCCACAUCGGCGUAGGCAUGGGCGCCUUGUCGGGCGCCGUGGGCAUGGGUCACCCGCACAUGGGGCCUCCGGAUGGGGUGGACGGUGGAGGAGGCGGAGGCGGCAAACAGGACAUCGGCGACAUCCUGCAACAGAUCAUGACCAUCACGGACCAGAGCUUAGACGAAGCCCAAGCCAGGUGGUGCUCGAUUUAUCAACCCCGGAGCGAUGAUGAUGGGCUGAGUCGACCCGCGCGACCGAGAAAACACGCGCUCAACUGCCAUCGGAUGAAGCCCGCGUUGUUCAGCGUGCUGUGCGAAAUUAAAGAAAAGACAGUGCUCAGUAUCCGGGGGGCCCAGGACGACGAUCCACCGGACCCCCAGCUCAUGCGUCUGGACAACAUGCUGCUGGCCGAGGGGGUGGCAGGCCCCGAAAAGGGCGGGGGCUCGGCGGCGGCCGCGGCGGCCGCGGCGGUGGCCGGCGGCGCCAACGCCGACAACUCAGCGGAGCACUCGGACUACCGCGCCAAGCUCGCCCAGAUCCGGCAGAUCUACCACACGGAGCUGGAGAAGUACGAGCAGGUGAGGAUGGCGUGCAACGAGUUCACGACCCACGUGAUGAACCUGCUGCGGGAGCAGAGCCGCACGCGGCCCAUCUCGCCCAAGGAGAUCGAGCGCAUGGUGGGCAUCAUCCACCGCAAGUUCAGCUCCAUCCAGAUGCAGCUCAAGCAGAGCACGUGCGAGGCCGUCAUGAUCCUGCGCUCGCGGUUCCUCGACGCACGACGCAAGCGUCGCAACUUCAGCAAGCAGGCGACAGAGAUUCUCAACGAGUACUUCUACUCACACCUGAGCAACCCCUACCCCAGCGAGGAAGCCAAGGAGGAGCUGGCGAAAAAAUGCGGCAUCACUGUCUCGCAGGUGUCAAACUGGUUUGGGAACAAGCGGAUCCGCUACAAGAAAAACAUCGGUAAGUUCCAGGAGGAGGCGAACAUCUACGCGGCACGGACCGCCGUUUCGGCCACCAGCAGCGUGCACCACGGGAGCCAGGCCAACUCGCCCAACACCCCCACCUCCGCUGGCUCCUCUGGCUCGUUCUCCAUGCCAAACCCGAGCGAUAUGUUCCUGGGCAUCCCGGGUAUGAAUGGAGACUCGUACAGCUCGUCCGGGGUGACUCCCAACAUCCAGUCGCAGGUGGAUUCCCUGCGCCACGUCAUGAGCCAAUCGAGCGCCUAUGGGGACGGUAUGGCAGCCAAUCAGCUCUACAGCCCCCCGGCCAUGAGCGCUAACGGCGGCUGGCAGGACGCAACCACCCCUUCCUCCGUCACGUCUCCCACCGAGGGGCCGGGCAGCGUGCAUUCCGACACCUCCAACUGAUGCACUCGCCUCGCAACCCCCCAAACCCACCUCCCCCGCCUCGCCCCUUGGUCCCCCACGCCCCUCACCCCCCUGCUCCCCCCCUCCGCCCCUCCACGGCCCUGCCAGUGCGCACCACUGAGGAGCCCCCCCCUCCUCCGCUCCACCCCUCCCCUAUUUCUCGUGGUGCAUCUUUCAAGGUCAAAGGUCAACGUCUCCGUUGGAGCGUCUCUUCCCACACGCUCGAAUAACCGAGCGUUGUGGGCGGCGGCGGGGGGGAGGGGCGCCGCGUGUUCUCGUUGACGGCGCACGAGCCAGUGGGGAUAUUCCACAUUCCUAUGGUGGGGACCAAUCUCUCUCUGCAUAGGAUAACCACUUCUCGCAAUUUCGUCGCUAAUUUUAUCGACUCGGGAGAGGCGAUGGCCCAGGAUUGUAAGUCGCAACAUUUCGAUUGUCAGGCCCUCUCCACCGCACGAUACCGAAAUUCGAUUUUUAAAAUUUGUUGUUGCGGAACGUCUUCGCUUUGCGAGCAGCUAAAAAAAAACCCCCUCUUGGGUCUCGCCCAUUGGCCGAUUUGAACGUUUGUACUUGGCGUGGCCCUCCCCAUUAGGUCGACUCAGCCUAAAAUGAGAACCCGAUGCAGAGCGUGAGCGCGCUCUGCUCCCUCGCAGCAAUCCCAAGUAAGAGGCGUCUGCAAGCAGGGGAGGCGGGAUGAUGUAAAUGUCAUCGCACAUUUGUGCAAAUGUGAAGCUCAAAGCUGAUCGCUAUCAAGAUUACAAAUAAAGAAAUCACAAUUAUACAGUAAGGUAUAAUAUAUUCAAUAAUAGCCUAGACCGUGAAACCUCAAGGGCCCUCCCCCUCCACCCCCCGAACCAUCGUUCACUUAUUUUCAGAGUUAGGGCUCCCAGGUUUUGAGCGUCCCCCGCGAGAGGACUCGUUUGUAAAAUCUUCCUUUCGUCGAACCGAGUUGCGUUUUUCCAAAAUCCAUUUCUUCGUCUCGCUCGUCGGCGGGGAGAAGUCUCCAGCUCGUCUCUCUAGCCACGCCGGGAGGAUGGGGGGGGGGGGUGGGAAACGGCUGACUACGCCGGCGGAGCGCCGGAUAAAGGCCCGGCGGGGAUCGCUCGGCCCUCGGCAGAGCCAGCAGCGGCGGGAGGGGCUGAGGGAGAGCGACUUGUCGGGCUGACUGCGGAGCUCCGCAAAAAGUGUGCCAAUCUCACCGCACCCCCUGUCCCCCCCCCCCCUCAACGUGGGUCUGUUCCGAAUGGCGCCACGUUCAUUUCACCGUGACUUCACGUCGCGUCCGCUAUCAGAGGACAGGACGAAGGGAAGUUGCCGAAAAAGUUUUCAUCCGGCUCUCUCUGUCUGCAAAGUUGGGUCAUUUCCAAGCACGACGUUUUCGGUGAAAGUUAUCGCAAAAUGAACCGCGGGACUUCCACGCGGAGCGGUUAAAUUAGAACAAUCACACGGCUUGCGGAGAGUUUAACAUGCUUUGAAUAAAGUUAAAUAGGUGACACGCAAUGCGCUGCGGGAAGUCUUCUUGCAAGUGUGACGUCCACUAAGCCAGGUAGACGUAACGCAAUUUGGAUAACCGUUCAAACAGAUGCAAUAAAUUCGGCGAAUUAUCACAACUCCUCGUCGCACAUCCGCAUUGACGGGCAUGGAACCUCGUGCACUUAGCAAGAGGUGUUUUACGGCUACGAAAAUAAAGCUCUUGAGAGAGAGAGCGAGCGAGCGAGCGAGCCGGUGACGAAGCAUCGCGCUCCCGUGCCCGUCCGAACCGUCGCGCGGCAGCGACGCCGACGCUGCGUCCGUCGAUGAAAACAUCGGUCCUGUAAAACAUUCAAGCAACCGCACGCAAGCCAAAGCGGCUUUCAGAAGGCAGAGCGACUUGGCCGAGACGAGGAGUGAGAGGAAGUGGGGGGGGGGGGGGGAGGUGAAGGUGGAAGUGGGGGGGGGGGGGAGAGCUGUCCCUGGUACCUUAAGCGCAUUUCGUGAAUCUGCGGUUCCCCAAGUCCGUUUCCGACCGUCGCUCUUGACGGUCGGCGCGGGGCAGACCGUCCAAAACCGAGGCCGAGAAACACGAAGUGAAGGUCGAGGGGUGGUGUGUGGGGGGGGGGGGGGGGUGAACGUCUUGGCUCCAGGUUUGGUUGCCCGGUGGGUGGUUUCGCGCCGACGACGCUCAAGAUUCCGAUCGAUCAGAGCCGCGCCGACCUCCGGGUUCGGAAUGCGGAACGUCACGCGGGGCUCGAGGUGAACUCGUUUCCGAGUUAAACCGAUGGGGCGAUUCCCCCCCCUCCCCCCUCUUGGCCACGGCCGCGGGGGGAGGGGAUUUCCACCUCGGCGGAGAGGGACGAUGCCAACUCGUCACCGGUUAUAAAGAGCAUCUGCCCAGCUGCCUACGUGCGCCAUCAAGCCCGUGACCUCAAGCGUGGCGACGCUCGAGCAACUGUGCGUCGAAGCUCCUGGAAGUGAAUGGCGUGUUACUUGUACUCGGAUUGCUGACGUGUGUAGGUGAUAACUGUCGUCACAAUUACGUCCUGUGUCUGCACGUGCAUUCGUUUGUUAGGCAUGCACAACGGGUUUCGAUCUCAAAUGUAGUCGGAUACAUUGAGUGUCUUAGAGGAGUGUUGCCGUUACCUAAAGCUUCUGCUCUACUCGAAUGAGGAAGGAAGGGCUCAUUCCCUUUUUUUUU